AAGGUGGACUGAAGACUCAACCAGCUCGUUCCUUCGGGAGCUUCCGGUUCCACCUUAAGGCGCAGGCGCGUUCCUCAGAGCUUCCGGAUGAACUCACAAACGUCUCGCGCUCCAAUAUGAAUUAUUCUGAAGCCAAAUCAGAAUGUAAGAAGCUGCUGAGCAGAGUGAAGCCUGGUGACGUCGGCAGACUGGUGACGUGGCUCCGGAGCUCAGACGAGUUGGAUGAGUUUCUGUCCAACAACCAGACGACGAUCCUGCAGAACAUCGCUGAAGAGCUGAGAGGGAGUCUCCCUCCAGACGCCAUGUUGUCCUCGGAGAACACUGCUCACAGCAAGAUGCAGCAGUGUUCCCGGCCCACGGUUCAUGUUGACGCGUUCCUGUAUGAUGAAGAUCAGGUGGACGCUCUGUGUGAGGAGGGAACCAUGAGCCGGUCGUACUGUCUCACCUGUGGAUCCCACAGAACCGCCCCUCUGGACUUCAUCUCUCACUCGUUCUCGAUAUCAGAGCUUCGGUUCCUGUUUGACAACGUUCUUCCAGACCUGAGCGGCCGGCUGCUGGUGGACGUGGGCUCCAGGCUGGGAGCUGUUCUGUACGCGGGUUACGUGUUCAGCUCGGCCUCUCAGCUCGUUGGUUUGGAGAUCAGUGAGGAGUUUGUCAAACUGCAGAACAACAUCCUCCAGAAAUACAACAUGAUGGAUCGACUACAGGUUCUCCACACUGACGUCCUCCUGCAGAACGUUCUGCUGCAGAAUGCAGACGUUCUCAUCAUGAACAACGUCUUCCAGUUCUUUAUGGAACCCAGUGAACAAGUCCGAGCGUGGAGGUUCAUCAUGGAGAACUUCAGGAAGAAAGGGUCUCUGCUGGUCUGCGUCCCCGGUCUGCAGGAGAGUCUGAACAGUCUGCAGCAGGAGACUCUGCAGCCCGGCUGGGUGGAGGAACUUCCUGUGGACUACGAGGUCUACCUGGGCCAAGACACGGACCUGGAUGCUCUGAGACAGAUCCACCUGUACCGGGUCCUCUGAUCCGGACCAGAUGUCUGGGACUGAUCCACCUGUACCGGGUCCUCUGAUCCGGACCAGAUGUCUGGGACUGAUCCACCUGUACCGGGUCCUCUGAUCCGGACCAGAUGUCUGGGACUGAUCCACCUGUACCGGGUCCUCUGAUCCAGACCAGAUGUCUGAGUCCGGCUGGUUCUGAAUUAUGUUGUACGUGUUGUUGUUUUGUUGACUUUUCUUUAAACCAAAGAGCCGGAAAUAAAAACUAAACCAUC